CACCUCUUUCACUAUUAGUAACUGCUCAGAACCAUUCAACACUACCUCUCUACUUAAACCCUCCUCGUCUUCCUCCGCCUCUCCAUCGCCACCUCUCUCUCUUUCUCUAAUUUCUGAUUAGCUUUCUCUUUCUCCAAUCUAUCUAGCUUAUCUAGAUAUGGCAGGAACUGGGGUAGUAGCAGUUUACGGUAACGGAGCAAUAACCGAAACCAAAAAAUCCCCGUUCUCCGUUAAGGUGGGUCUAGCCCAGAUGCUUAGAGGCGGCGUUAUUAUGGACGUUGUUAACGCUGAGCAAGCACGUAUCGCCGAGGAGGCUGGCGCUUGCGCCGUUAUGGCGUUAGAGCGAGUCCCUGCAGAUAUUCGUGCCCAGGGUGGCGUCGCUCGUAUGAGCGACCCUCAGCUUAUUAAAGAAAUUAAACAGGCCGUUACCAUACCUGUUAUGGCCAAAGCCCGUAUUGGCCACUUUGUGGAGGCUCAAAUUCUUGAAGCCAUAGGUAUCGACUACGUCGAUGAGAGCGAAGUUCUCACUCUGGCCGAUGAAGAAAAUCACAUCAAUAAGCAUAACUUCCGUAUCCCUUUUGUUUGUGGUUGUCGCAAUUUAGGCGAAGCGCUUCGUAGGAUACGUGAAGGAGCGGCCAUGAUUAGAACAAAAGGCGAAGCAGGGACAGGGAAUGUAAUCGAAGCGGUUAGGCACGUGAGGUCGGUGAUGGGUGAUAUUAGGGUUUUGAGGAAUAUGGAUGAUGAUGAAGUGUUUAGCUUUGCCAAGAAGAUUGCUGCGCCUUACGAUUUGGUUAUGCAGACGAAACAGCUAGGAAGGCUACCCGUGGUGCAAUUCGCAGCGGGAGGGGUAGCAACACCCGCGGAUGCGGCGUUGAUGAUGCAGCUGGGUUGCGACGGAGUCUUUGUUGGGUCUGGUGUGUUCAAGAGUGGAGACCCAGCGAGGAGAGCCAGAGCGAUUGUGCAGGCUGUUACACAUUAUACAGAUCCUGACGUGCUUGCGGAGGUCAGUUGCGGUCUCGGUGAGGCUAUGGUGGGGAUUAAUUUGAACGACAAGAAGGUGGAAAGGUUUGCAAACCGGUCUGAAUAGGUGGUUUGUUGUUUUGAUUGGAGGAACAUUUUUUAUGAUGCUCAUAUUGCUCCAGUCUCCAGAUUAUCCAAGUGUAGUCUACAGCUACCAAGUUCUGGAACUAUUGUGUAUGAUCACUGAUAAUAGUCAAGUUGGGAAUGUUUUCCAUAUUUGCGUCCUAAUGUUAUUUGAUAAUUGAAUUUCUUUUGGACAACAGUGAAAGAUUAGUUACAAGUUUUUUCUUUGUAAGAUUGCAUUGUACUUAAUAAUAUAAGUUGUGUACGUUCAGGUUAUGUGAACCUUUAUUUAUUUGGUGCCCUCUCCAUGUAUUCGUUCUUGAUGCUUAGUUUAAUUAGAUUGGUAAUGAUGUUUGUUGCA